AUGCAAGCAGCCAAUCGCCUUCAGAAAUCCCUCAAAGCAGGCAAUCCUGCUUAUGGAGGAUGGCAAAUGCUACCGGGAACAAACCUCACCCGAGUCCUAUGUCGAGCAGCAAGCAACAUGGAUUGGCUGCUAGUCGAUAUGGAGCACGGAAAUAUAUCAGAUGAUUCAAUGCACGAGAUUGUGGCAGCUGCAGCGGCCUGUGCAGUUUCCCCAAUUGUUCGUGUUGUCGAUGGGCAACCCUGGAUGAUCAAACGCGCGUUGGACUCUGGUGCGCACGGGAUUCUAGUCCCUGUCUUGGAAACCGUCAAGGACGCGGAAGAUGUGGUGCGAUCUUCCAAGUUUCCUCCCAUGGGGAACAGAGGCUUUGAGCCUCUCCUCGCGGUGGAGAAGUUUGUCGAGCAACACGCUCAUGGCGGUAAUGUCAAGGAACUCUCCGGGAGAGAAUACCUGGAGCAAGCCAACAAUUCACUUGUUAUCGCUGUUCAGAUCGAAACGCAAUCUGCUCUAGAACAUGUGAAGGAGAUAGCAAUGGUGCCGGGCAUCGAUGUCUUGUUUGUCGGGCCUUUCGAUCUUGGUGUCAGCAUCGGCCAUCCAAUUGUUGGAGGAAAAAUAGAUAAAACACUUGAGCUUGCCAUUCAAUCAGUUCAAGAGGCAGCACAGGCUGCAGGCAUAAAGGCGGGUAUCUACUGCGACAGUGGUGAAGAUGCGAAGGAGUGGGCCGCCAAAGGGUUCCUUAUGAACAGCGUGGUGACAGACAUGAUCGGGCUCCGAGAGAUGGUUAGCCAGUCAUUCAGUUCCACCAGAUAG